CCCUCUUCUACCUCUAACUCCGGACGCCUCCGCCGAUAUCUUCGGGCACUCGAGAGUAUCUCCUCUCCCAGCGAUUCUUGUUGUUCUGUUUCGAUCUUGUUCGGACUUACGCUGUUGGAGUUUCUCAAGAUCACGCAGUUUUCGAUCCAAAAUCCGACCUUUUCGCAUCGAAGGUUGGGGGUCGAAGCGGGGAAUUGACGGAAGCAACGAUGGAAUUGGCGGACAAGGCGGUCGGAUUCUUGCUGUCGGCCGUCAGCCUCUCUAUCUUCAGCUAUUACACUUUCUGGGUCAUCAUUCUGCCAUUUGUGGAGAAGGAUCACUUUGUGCAUGGGUAUUUCCUUCCCCAGGAGUAUGCCAUCUUGAUACCCGUGUUUGCUGGUGUUGCGCUCCUCAGUUUCUUGUGUGUGUUUGUUGGGUAUGUGACGAUCAAGUCUAACAAGAAGAAGAAAUCCGCUUGAUAGCAGAACAUCGUUUCGGAUCCGUGAUAUCACGAACAAAAUUCUGACUUGAAGCCGGAAGAUUGAUUAGUGGGGGAUGUCCUUUCUUUGGUGGUCAUUUUUCUCAUCCUUUUCACCAUCUUUUUCUAUCUUUUAUUUGUGUUUGUUUCAGUUAGACACCUUUAUGUUAUCUUUUGAUCUCUAACUGCAAAUGAUUAUAAUAUAUACAUUUGUGUUA